AUGAAUAAGUUUGUGGAGGAGCAACAACUGUUCCAAGCAAUGCAGAGAUCACACAUGGAACAGUUGGCAAAGAUGCAAGAGGAUGAGGCAGCCCGAAGACGGGCGUGGGAAGAAGCAGAGGCAAUGCGUCAAAAUGAAGAAAGAGAAUUGAACCGACGCCGUUGGAGUGCCUUGUAUGUCUCUCAACAAAUGGCUGUUAAUAAUGCUAAGGUGCUCCCCGAUCAGGAGCGACACCAAAGAGAUUAUCAAGCCGGCCUCCCAUAUGCCGAGCACUUGGGAUGGACCAAUUACCCCGACCUUCCCCACCCACAAGGACCAUCCGACCCGACUCCUCAUUGGCCCGAAGCGGUAGGGUCUAGUUUUAUCCCGAUUCCGUACCAACCGCCGCCUCAAGGGGAGCAAAGUCCCCUCGAUAACUAUAGGGAGAUGUUCGAGGCCCUAUCAAUACCAGCCCAACCCGCCAGUGGAUCCAAAUGA